AUGUUGGUAAUAACAGGCGCUUUGGCGCUGCUUGUUCUGCUCUUUGUCUUUAGGACUCGCUUGGUUGAGUAUGCGAUCAGCUGGGACAGAAAGUAUCGCCUUCGAGAAGAUCUCUACCUGGCACCAGUCAUCAUCUAUCAAUUCAUCCGGCAUUUUUACCACUGUUAUGUCACCAAACGUGUUUCUCUAUGGUACAUCCUAGAGUACUCCAUGAAGAAGCAUGCGCAGAACACCGCUCUCAUAUUUUUACGGCCAGCGGCUGCCAAGGGUGAGUUUGACAUCGAGAAAUAUACCUAUGCGGAACUUUACGGGCUCGUUCUGCGCUUGUCUUAUAUUUUGAAAACGGAGUACGGAGUAGAAAAAAAUGACAUUGUGUCUCUAUACAUGAACAACAGUCCACUGUUCAUCAUCAUGUGGCUAGCGUUGUGGAAUCUAGGUGCAAUUCCAUGUUUCCAAAACAAUAACCUGACCCAUAAAGCUCUGGUCCAUUCGCUUUCUGUUGUCGACUCUAGGCUCGUCUUUGUAGACGAGGAAUGUCAAAGCCUCUUUGAUGGAACUAAGGACGAGAUCUCUGAAAAGAUUCCCGAUUUGAGAUGUAUCUAUGUUGAUCAAAAGCAAUGGCUCAAGAAUAUUGAAAAUCCUUCGUCUCCCACUUUUAGACUCGAUAAUGCAGAACGUGAUAAAGAUCUGCUAUACUACAAGCCUGCAGUUCUGAUUUUCACCAGCGGAACCUCUGGAUUACCAAAAUCUGCUGUCAACUCGUGGCGAAAAGUAUUCUUUGCUUCAUUUUUUUUCCCCCAUGCCAUGAGACUGAGCAGUUCCACCAACAUGUACACCGCCAUGCCACUAUACCACGGCACUGCGUCUAUACUUGGUGUGCUCCCGAUUUUUGCCCACGGUGGCACGCUUUCUUUGGGCACUAAAUUUUCUCUCUCUUCCUACUGGACUCAAGUCAGACUUGCCGGAGCCAACACUAUCCAAUACGUGGGUGAGGUGUGUCGCUACUUACUUAACGGGCCAGCUACAGAGGACGAAAAAUGGUGUCAUGGAAAAAUUAGACUAGCUGUUGGAAACGGUUUGCGUGCUGAUAUCUGGACCAGGUUCAAGGAAAGAUUUAAGAUUCCUGCUAUAGGAGAAUUCUACGCCAGUAGCGAGGCUCCUUUUGCUACGACAUGCUACGAACAAUACGGUAUUGGCAUCGGCUGUAUCAGAAAUCAGGGAUGGCUGGCAGAUAAAGCUUUGAGUCUGAUGUAUUGCCUCGUCAAGACAGAAAAGAACGACGACGCAACCUUAUACAGAAAUGAACAGGGAUAUUGCGAGAAACCUCGGGCUGGAGAAAACGCUGAACUCCUGAUGCACGUCUUAAACCCAAAGAAUAUCAAGGCCACCUUCCCAGGAUAUGUCAACAACGAGGAUGCAACAUACUCCAAGAUUGUGCGCAAUGUUUUUCGCAAAGGUGACGCAUGGAUCAGAACCGAUGACCUUUUUCAGUACGAUGAGUAUGGUUGCAUCAAGUUUGUGGAUAGACUGGGCGACACGUACAGGUGGAAGUCUGAGAAUGUGAGCACCACUCAGGUGGAAAACAGCUUACAAUCGCAUCCUUCAAUUGAUGUCAGUGUCGUGGUGGGAGCAAGGGUUCCUAAUCAUGAGGGCCGCUGCGGCUACGCUAUUCUACAGACCAAGUCCAGAAACGAGGAAUCUGACGAUGAGAGAAGCAAACUGCUCUUGGAGUUGGGAGCAGUGGUGUGCUCACAAUUACCUCAUUUUGCACGCCCGUGCUUUGUCAGAUUUGACAUCAUUGAGCAUACCCACAACCACAAGAUAUCCAAGAAGAGAUUUAGAGAUCCUGUGUUGCCGUUUGGUCCUAGCAAUAAAGACUCGGUGUACUACCUCAACCUCAGCACUAAAAAGUAUGAGCCGCUCACCGAGGAAAUUUACCAGGGCAUUGCAGCCGGAUCAAUACGAAUUUGA